AUGGUUAAUAUUCCCGCGUGUUUAUAUAGUCUCCAGCAGCAGAGCUGGGCCCUUCAGCACCGGGCUAGCUCCAGCACCAUGGCCGACCACUUGCAGAUCCUCCUAGCGCUCAGGAAAUACCUGUUCGUAGUGCUUGUACCCCUUCUUGCUCUUCCUCUGCCUCUGGCUGUUCCUGCCAAGGAGGCCCGAUGCGGUUAUGUUAUCAUUGUGAUGGCACUGUUUUGGUGCACAGAAGCCUUGCCACUGGCUGUCACAGCUCUCCUUCCUGUCCUGCUCUUCCCAAUGAUGAAUAUCAUGGACUCAUCAUCGGUCUGCCAGGAGUAUUUGAAGGACACCAAUAUGCUUUUUAUUGGGGGACUGCUGAUGGCCAUUGCUAUUGAACACUGGCACUUACACAAGCGUGUUGCUCUGCGGGUCUUGCUAAUCACUGGUGUCAGACCAGCCCUGCUGCUCGCAGGUUUCAUGGCUGUGACUGCCUUCCUGUCGAUGUGGAUCAGCAACACGGCCACCACUGCCAUGAUGGUCCCAAUAGCACAAGCAGUGCUGGACCAGUUGCACCGAUCGGAGUUAGAGUCUACAACAGCUGGCCAAGCUUCUGGAAACACCAACAAAGCCUUUGAACUGCAGGAAGCAGAGACAUCUAAAGAAAAAGAGGAACAAGGUAGUAGUCAUGUCCUGACAGUCGAGGAAGACAGAAAGAGAAAUGAAAAACUGGUAGAAGAGAAGCACAAGAAAUUCUGCAAGGGAAUGUCUCUCUGUAUUUGCUACUCAGCCAGUAUUGGAGGGAUUGCAACUCUGACUGGGACAACACCAAAUUUGGUACUGCAAGGACAAAUGGAUCAGCUCUUUCCUGACAAUGGCAAUGUCAUCAACUUUGCCUCUUGGUUCUCCUUUGCCUUCCCCACCAUGAUUGUGUUACUGGUUUUGGCAUGGAUGUGGCUGCAGAUACUGUACCUGGGCUUUGAUUUUCAGAAGAAUUUUGGUUGUGCUACAAAUGCCUCUGCAAAGGCAAGGGAAAAACAGGCCUAUAACAUUAUCAAGGAAGAGAGCAGGAAACUGGGCUCAAUGAAAUUUCCAGAAAUAGCUGUUUUAAUCCUCUUCAUACUAUUAGUACUGCUCUGGUUCACAAGAGAGCCGGGUUUCAUAUCAGGUUGGGCAACAAUCCUUUUCAACGAAAAUGAUACAAGCUAUGUCACUGAUGCUACAGUUGCCAUGUUCUUUUCAAUUUUGUUGUUCAUCAUCCCUUCCGACUAUCCUAAGAGAGACAACCAACAAAUGGGCACGUCGAGAUUCCUAGCACCUCCGGCUCUCUUGGACUGGAAAGUAGUUCACCAGAAAAUGCCAUGGAACAUUGUGUUUCUGCUGGGAGGUGGCUUUGCCUUAGCCAAAGGCAGUGAGGAAUCUGGUCUGUCUGUGUGGUUAGGUUCCAAACUGACUCCUCUGGAGCAAAUCCCUCAUCCAGCUAUUGCUUUUGUGUUGUGUCUCCUUGUUGCCACUUUCACUGAGUGCGCCAGCAAUGUGGCCACCACAACCCUCUUCCUCCCUAUUCUGGCUUCAAUGGCUGAAGCGAUCUGCCUCAAUCCACUCUAUGUCAUGCUGCCCUGUACGCUUGCUGCAUCUUUGGCAUUCAUGCUGCCAGUGGCCACUCCUCCUAACGCCAUUGUCUUCUCUUACGGACAACUCAAGGUUAUUGAUAUGGCCAAAGCUGGCUUUGUACUCAACAUUCUAGGAGUUCUGACGAUAACUCUUGCCAUCAACACCUGGUCUUCAUCUUUGUUCCAACUGCAAACGUUCCCAUCUUGGGCAAAUAAGUCGGGUACCUGCCACUACGUUGCUUUUCAACCUCCACCCGUCAAGUCUGAAAUCGGCAGUGAGGAAGAGGAGUGUGCCUAUCAAAAGAAGGAGAGAGACUCUACGUUCCUGGUUUCAUGCGUUUAUCUGGGUACUGUCACAACUAAUCUGACUGCUCACCGGUAA